CAGUUUGUUGGAUUGCUGCUUAGUUGGUAGCGAUAGUUCGUAGCCUAUGAACGGAGGUUCAGUCCCCUAUUCUUUACCGAGUUGACUAAACUCGCAUAAGUUAUUGAGUUAAGGGAGUCAUGCUGCUAGCUUAGUAAAAUAGGCUACGAUUCGCAUUUAGGACUCCGUUUAUGGUUAGGUCUCCGCGGAGCUUACGCUACCGGCUCAUUCAUCAAGGCUUAAACCAGAGUUGGGCCUACUGUCCAAGAUGAAAUACAAAAAAAACAAAACAAUGCAGCUCGUCUGUUGUGAUGCGAUUGAAAGGAGGGUUACAAUAGGGGUUGUCAUAUGGCAUUUACAUUCAACCUAAGAAAGAUGCUGUCGGUGUCAUGGCAAUAACCGAGGCAUGGGAGUAACGUGACCAGGGCAAGGACUGUUGCUUCCCAACCAACCUACAAGUAGUAUGGCCCUCCUGCCAGACUGAAAACGUCAGGAGAGGCCAGACUGGACAGCUUGAGAGAGAGAGAGAGAGAGAGAGAGAGAGAGAAAGACAGUGAGUGACAAUAUUUAAAACGAGAGAAAAAGAAAAGGAAAUAACAAUGGAUGAGUCUGCACUGCUGGACCUGUUGGAGUGCCCUGUGUGCCUGGAACGUCUGGAUGCCUCGGCCAAGGUGCUGCCGUGCCAACACACCUUUUGCCGGCGCUGCCUGCUUGGAAUCAUGGGCUCGCGGGGGGAGCUACGCUGCCCAGAGUGCCGCACGCUGGUGGAGAGUGGCGUGGACGAGCUGCCCAGCAACAUCCUGCUGGUGCGCCUGCUGGACGGCAUCAAGCAGAGGCCUCGGCGGCCGGGUCCGGGGACAGGUGCCGGAGGAGGAGCAGGAGGAGUGGCCACAGCGGGAGGUUGUGCGGCCAACGGCACCGCGGCGGCACUGGUCAGGGCGCAGGCGACAGCGGCGGCCCAGAGAGAGCCAGGAGCACCAGGAGUGCAGCCCCAACGGGUGCAGGCCAAGAGCACCCUUGUCAGGGGUAUUCCCCAGCUCCCUUGUGCCAAAGCCCUCUACAACUAUGAUGGCAAAGAGCCCGGCGACCUCAAGUUCACCAAGGGUGACAUCAUCAUCCUGCGCCGGCAGGUGGAUGAGAACUGGUACCAUGGCGAGAUGGGCGGCGUGCAUGGCUUCUUCCCCACCAACUUUGUGCAGGUCGUCAAGCCCCUGCCCCAGCCGCCGCCCCAGUGCAAAGCGCUCUAUGACUUUGAGCUGAAGGACAAGGAGGCCGACAAAGACUGCCUGCCCUUCUCAAAGGAUGAUGUUUUGACUGUGAUUCGUCGUGUGGAUGAGAACUGGGCUGAGGGCAUGCUGGGAGAUAAGAUUGGGAUCUUCCCCAUCUCUUACGUGGAGUUUAACACAGCUGCUCGGCAGCUGAUUGAGUUGGACAAGCCCUCAGACGGGAGCGGGGAAUCUGCGGGCGAGGGCCCCUCCUCUUCCUCCUCCACCAUCAUGCCUUCAUCGUCCGCCGCCCCGGGCUUCCUACAGGCCAACGGCGUGCAGAAGCCCGGCGGCGAGAAGAAGAACAGCAAGAAGCGUCACUCGUUCACGUCGCUGACCAUGUCGCACAAGCCCUGCCUGGCGCCGCCGCCCCAGCGGCACUCCAUGGAGAUCAGCGGGCCCGUGCUCAUCAGCUCCAGCAACCCCACGGCCGCCGCACGCAUCGGGGAACUCAGCGGCGGCCUCUCCUCCAGCGCCCCCUCCCAGGUACACAUCUGCACCACUGGCCUCAUCGUCACCCCGCCCCCCAGCAGUCCGGUCACCACGGCCACCGUCUUCACGUUUCCCCCGGAGACCACCUACGCGUCCAUCCCAGUGGAUGCACUGCCGCCACCUCCACCUCCUCCCCCCCAGUCCUCAGCUGCUGGCGCCACGUCCUCAUUGGCUGCUGGACAGAGACCCUCCCCCAACGCCAAUGACCAGAGCAGCAGACAGCGGCCUACUGUGUAUGUGGCGAUGUUCCCGUACUCCCCACGUAAAGAGGACGAGCUGGAGCUGAGGAAGGGCGAGAUGUUCCUGGUGCUGGAGCGCUGCCAGGACGGCUGGUUCAAGGGCACCUCCAUGCACACGGGCAAGAUGGGCGUCUUCCCUGGCAACUACAUGAGCCCUGUCAGCAGGACUGUUUCAGGAGGCAGUCAACCCAAAGUGCCCCUGAGUCUGUGCACCCAGGCAGGGAGAGGGGUCACCAUCGUCAGCCCUUCAACUGCCCCCUUGGGUGGCGCGCUGGGGGGUGUGGAGCACCCCAAGGUCCUCACCACCUGCCCCGGGCCUGUCCCACCCAGCCCGCUCCCCCCCACUGCUACCGUGGUAACUGCAGCCCACAUGUCCUCAGGACAGGCCAAAGUCCUGAUGCACGUCACGUCCCAGAUGACCGUCAAUCAGGCGCGCAAUGCAGUAAGGACUGCUGCUUGCCACAGCCAGGACCGGCCCACGGCGGCGGUGACGCCCAUCCAGUCCCAGCAGGCCGUGGCCUUCCUGCCCCACCUGGCCGUGUGCCCGCAGCCAUUGGGCGUGGCGGCCUCCGCGGGCGCCUCCCCCUCUUGUGCUCGUGCCGGCGUGUCCCUGGGCUGCGCCGCCGCCUCCCUCACCCCUCCCAACGUCAGCGCCGCGUCCCUGGAGGUGGACGGCCUGCGGGCCGUGGCCGUGCUGGCCGUGCCCAUCGCCCCCGGCAGCGCUGUGCCCCUCGGUGCCGCCAUGACCUCGGCGUCCGCCACUGGGAACCAGGCCCUCCCCUGCCGCAUGGACAAAGAUGGAAAGAGAGAGAAGAAGGGUCUCCUUAAGCUGCUAUCCAAUAAGAAGAAGCUCCGCCCCUCUCCCCCAUCCUCCCCUACGCUGGAAGCAGAGCAAGCCGUCGCCAUGGACAUGCCCCUGGGAGCCGCAGGACCUGACAUGGCCGCCUGCCCAGCUGGGGCCAAUGGCGGUCGCUGUGGGUCCACUUCGGCCGAAUCGGAACCCUCCCCGUCGGCCUCUGGCUCCUCGGAAUCCACCCACCGCAAGAGUGUCUCCCAGGAAGUCCCUGUGCCCAUCGCCCCUCCCCCACGCCAACCCUGUUCAUCACUGCAUGCGCUACACGACUCUCGACCAAUCAUCUGCGAGAGGUACCGGGUGGUGGUGUCUUACCCGCCCCAGAGUGAGGCAGAGUUGGAGUUGAAGGAGGGAGACAUCGUGUUUGUCCACCGGAAGCGUGAAGAUGGCUGGUUCAAGGGCACGCUUCAACGGAACGGCCGCACGGGACUCUUCCCUGGCAGCUUUGUGGACAUCAUCUGAUACCUCGGCGACAUGAUCAGCCCCAAAGUCUUGGCGUCUGGGAGUGGAAUUCACUCAAACUGAGAUGACUACGCAAGGCAUUCAUCUGGAUAUAUAUGCUAUGCCUUCUGCCGUAGUCUUAAUCCAGCCACCUUAAGCCACCUCGCAGAGGGGGAAAAAACUCUUGAACUGGGCCACUGAUGAAUUGCGGCCUUUUGUAAGGAGGCUGUGAACGGGCCUUAAUAGCACAGUGGAGAAACGGCAAUGGAUUUUUAAGGACAUAGACACGUACAGUAGCAAGCAGAGGAAAUUAGCAUUAGCACCGGCUAGCAUAAGCUGGUGAUGAGCACUAGAAUCAGUCACGUGGUAGGGCUAGACUUUCCUUUUUGCUUUAUUUAACGAUCAGUUAACAUUUCAAAGGUCUUUUUAAAUGUGUGCCUUGUACUGUCUCACUUUAUUGUAUAUAAGCAAACAAAGAUAAAUAUGAGUCACAGAACAAACAAAAAUUAUGAACUGUUCAUGUCUGGAAAUAUGAAUUUAACUUAUUUUUUAUUAUGUGGUUUGGUUGGGGUAGUGCAGAAAGUUGGCUGACUGGUAUGGAUGCAUGAGUUAUUUAAAAGCUCGCUUUAAUGUGGAAGUACCAUUAACAUGGACCUGUGAUUGGCUGCCUGCAGCUCUUAGCUCACUGAUUGGAUAAUUACUCAUCCAAUCUGUCUCUCUUUGCACAAUAAGUGGCUGAAAGGUCAUAGCAAGUCUCUCAGUGUCAUCAAUGCCAAUUAAUGUUUGGAUGUUUUGAUUGCCUUUGUGUUUCGAUGUUUUGAAGGACGUCAUAGGUAGUAGAGGGACUGCAUGAAAGAUACGGCAUGAUUCAAAAUGGCUGACAAGAUCGUCAAGAUGAGGAAAUACUAGAAACAAUCGACUGCUGUAUAUGUCCUGUUUAAGUGAUUUGGAUGUGAGAGGUUCUUGUGCGUUUGUUUGUGGAAAAGACUGAGAAAUACACUCCACAGGUCUUCAAAAUCACUAGUAUCCUGUGAUUCUUUUUUUUUUUCCUUUUGAAAAUCGUAGCUGCUCCCUGUUUUUGAUGAACCUUAUCUGAAAUGGCUCUUCAGUCCAGGCAACAGAGCAGAGCGACUGACACAAUCACACACCGUAAUCAUAGAGAGUGAGUCUGUCACCCACUUUUCUGUGUAUAUUUAUAUUUAACCGUUAUGAGUGUGUGUGUGAGCGCGUGUUUGAGAUGGGAUCGUCUGUGUGGCAACCCUCAGAACAAACAGUAACAAGUCAUCUUGCCAGUGAUUGCGACACAGUUGGUCUAACCUCAAACAUGUCCUGAACGGGCUGGAAGCAGAAAAAAAGUACUCCAACAGCCAGCGCCCUGGAAACCACCAGUGAGCGUCCCUCAGCCAGAGGCCCCACCACUGUCCCACACAGAUCAGCCGCAAGGCGCUCUGCCCGUCACAGUGGCUCUACACCAUCAUGUGUCCAUUACUGCAUUUCAGCAUCAAGUGUUUCUAUCAGCUUCCUCCUCCUCCUUAGGGUCAGUCUGGUGGAUGUUUGUGCAGUGUGUGUGUGUGUGUGUUUGUGUGUGAUGAAGUGUCCCGUAGACUUGAAUAUGAUGUAUGUGUUUUGUUCUAUAAAUGGCUUUGGGUACUUUGGUUUUACUCCGGUUUCAUUGACCAUUUCAUUUUUUUUGUCUUUGUGAAGCACAAGGUGUAUGUGAUUGAUUUUAAUGGAAUUGAAAAGCCCCUGGGUCCCUACUGUUUUAUCGUUUCAUUCCAUAUAAAAAAAAUGAUCGUCUCAUCCACUGCCUCCACCUCUUCCUCUCACCCUGACACCCCCCACCCCCCAGCCGCCGGAGCGUAUUGCAGUCAAUGGCAUUUCAAUUUCUCCCUUCGCCAGCCGAAUUUCAAAUGGAACAGUUGAUUUGGAAAAGGUGCCCUGAUUGCACAAUGUUCCCAGCUCUCACCUUCAGUUAUCAAAUGCGGUAUUACAGGCCAGGUGGAUUACUGCUGCCAUCAAACCUAGUCAUGCAGGACUGAUACCCUAAAAUGAGACCCCCUCCACCUCCCUCCCCAGUCAUCAUGCCUCCUCUGGUGAGCCUGCUUAUCAGAGAGGACACUCACUGGGCCUCAAAUGCCACUUAACCUAUGGAAUCUACGCAUUCCAUCAGCACCUCUGAUGGACAGGCAAUUUGGGAAAUGCACCACUUCAUCACCUGAAUUCAAAACUGCACCGUUGCUCCUUAAGCCCCCCUUGAACAUUUCUGAGGCUCAUUUGACACCAGUGCCACAUAAUUGGCAACUGUAUUUAAGGUCCUUCAGAGGUGAUUCUUGAUAGUCGGUUCAAAUGCAGAGUGGCUAGAAUUCACAAGAGAUCUUAUUCUCACUGACUAGAAUGGCGCAAGUCUUUUGUCCUUUUAAUAACGCCUUCGUACAUUGGGCUAUCAUUAAGGGGUCAGGUUAUAAAAAUGUCCACAGAAAUUAAAUUGUGAUUAGUUAUAUGUGUGUUUGUGAGGGAGAGACUGAAAGAGAUUGAGAGUGCAAAAAAGUCUCGCUCUGUGAUGAAGGGGCUUUUGUGCGAUUGGCUGCUGGCUUAGUUAGGCUGUAGUUGUUGUUGUUGAUGUUGCGGAUGUGGCGAGAGGUGUCGAGCUGUAGAGCGUGGUACGAUACACUGUUUAGACGGACUGUUAACUCAAGUGCUGCCGUUGAGUUGACCCUCCUUGUUAUGUCAUCUUGGCACUCAUCCAGUUACCUGCAGUGUCUCAUUCAAAUACUUUUUUAAAUCUCUGCUUGUUAGGCUUUCCAUGGACUUACACAGGUUUACAUUCACCUUUUUCUUGACUUCCACAGUUUACACGCUCAUCUGUACAGUAUAUUUUAGUCAAAUGAAAUAAUAUGCCUUACACUGACAGAAGGUACCUGUGGGCUCAUACAGAAACACACACAUAUAUACUGUGUACACACACACACACACACACACACACACAGGGCAAAUCUACAAGGAGAUUGACAACUUCAGUACUAGUAGUGACUGAUUCUGAUUGCUUUAGCUGGAAGUCCAUCAGCAGGUCAACAUGUAACUAAAGGUGGUUUUUUGUUGUUUUUUUCCAUGUGAAUUUCAUUUACUGUAAAGGCCAAGCCUUGUUGGCACACAAGGUAGCACUAAGUUGGCUUUAUCUGACCAGUUCUCUGUUUGCCAAGAUGACAUACUUGAUAUUUUUUAUUUUCUCAAUAAUGACUUAAUCAUCUAAAAAUAGGUGGUUUGUUUGUUUGUUAAUGGUGAUUACUGGCAUCCACUUGACCGUUUUUUUUUUUUUUUUCUGUGUAAACAUUCUGUAACAUUGGAAGGAAAAGCACAUUUUGUAAUGAUUUCAACCUUAACAAAAAUAAAAAGCCAAUGGUUUUA